ACAAAAUGUUAAUUAAUUUCGGUGUUUUGGGACAUAUUGAAAAGAAUGAGAGAUGGAAUCCUUGAAUGGGAUAAACAACCAUUCAAGUUUGCCCUCAACUCAUAAAAAGCCCGACUUAUCAGCAGCCUCCCGUGAUCGUUUCCUUGAAGGAAUUACAGUGCUUCUUUCUCGAUGGCAUGGUCUUCAAAUGGCCGUCCAAAACCAAUGGGGCGGCCUUGAUUCCUUUCAGAAAUCCCAACAGCUUGCCGCUGAUGUCUUCUCUUGGUUCAUUCAAUCCAAAGCACAUCGGGUAGAAGAUUUAGAAUACUUGCUUCAUGAAAGCAUGCUACUAUCUCUAAAUACAGAGAUUGAGGAUGGUAGCAUCGAGGAGGUAGCAGAACAAUUGAUGAUUAUGCAUGAGGAAUACUUGCACGGAAAUCAUCAGACAAACCAAAUAUUGGAUGUAGUGGAGGAAUGAAAAAAUUGUAUAUUCAAACCUUAAAAACUUUGACAAUGAAUUGCAAAAGGGAGUA